UCUCUCUCUGUGUGUCUCUCUCUCUCUGUGUGUCUCUCUCUCUCUCUGAGAGAAGGAAACGAUAUAAACUGCUGUCGACUGACGGAGCUGAGGAGACAUCAGGUCUAAGAUCAGGUCUAAGAUCGGGUCUAAGAUCAGGUCUAAGAUCAGCAGGUCCAGAGUCUCUGGGAACAUGGGAGGAGCACCUGAACCCAACCUCAACACCACCUCCCUUUGGCUCCGCCCCUGCGUCAACGCCUCCUGUCGGUCUCCGGUCGGAGGGGCGUGUCCCUACGGCACGGCUCGGCUGGUCCUCAUCGCCGCGCUAACCGCCUCCCUCAGCGUCGUCGCAGUGAUGGGCAACACUCUGGUAAUCCUGUCCAUCAAGGUGAACCGCCGCCUGCGCACCGUCAACAACUACUUCCUGCUGAGCCUGGCGGUGGCCGACCUGAUCGUGGGCCUGCUCUCCAUGAACCUGUACUCGCUCUACCUGCUGCGGGGCCGCUGGCCCCUGGGGGCCGCCGCCUGCGACAUGUGGCUGGUGGUGGACUACGUGGUGAGCGGCGCCUCCGUCAUGAACCUGCUGAUCAUCAGCUUGGACCGGUACUUCUGCAUGACGCAGCCACUCAGCUACCCGGCGUGGCGGACGGGCGGCAUGGCCGGUCUGAUGAUCGGCGCCGCCUGGCUGCUGUCCUUCGUGCUCUGGGCGCCGGCCAUCCUCUGCUGGCAGACGCUCGGAGGGAAGCGCGUCGUGCCCGACGGCGAGUGUCACACUCAGCUCCUCGCCAGCCCCGCCGUCACUUUGGGCACAACGCUUCCUUCCUUCUACCUGCCGGCGUUCGUCAUGGUCGGCCUCUACGGCCGGCUGUCCGCCGCCAGCCGCGGCCGACUGAGCGCGCUCCGGUGGGAGCAGGGAACGCUCAGAGCGUCGAAUCCGUCCGUCAAAGACUUCCUCUUGAAACAACGGAGCUUGGUGACCAGCGACCCGGUCUCAGACGUGUCUCUGAACCAAUCGGAGUCUGGCACUCCAAAGAACCGGAAGAACCGGAAGGUGUCCGUAAGUGCGGGCGACGCCUUGGAGCCUCAGCGGCGUCACGCUCGGACCUCCGCCGGGGACGAGGACUACAAGAUCGACACCGACUCCUCGUCCAACGCCGACCUCCACAGGACGGCGUCGGCGGCCUUCUCCUCCUGUCCGAGCUUCAGGUCUCAGGAGAGACGGAGGCGUCGAGUGAUGGCGAGAGAGAGGAGGGUCACCAAGACCAUCCUGGCCAUCCUGCUGGCCUUCAUCCUCACCUGGAUGCCGUACAACAUCAUGGCCGUCGUGGCGGCCUUCUGUCACGUGUGCGUGCCGGGUGUCCUGUGGAGCGCCGGCUACUGGCUCUGCUACGUCAACAGCGCCAUCAACCCCGGCUGCUACGCCCUUUGCAACGUCACGUUCAGGAAGACCUUCUGUAGCCUCCUGCGCUGCCAGAGCAGGAAGCUGCGGUGAGACUUAGAGGACGUUGAUUUGGUGUCCACUGGUCGACUCAGUAUUUGGGGCGAUUGUGGCUAAGUGGAUAGCAGGGCCGUCUUUCAAUCAGAGGGUCGGCGGUUCGAACUCCGGCUC